UUCUAUUUCUGAGAAUUAAAAACAAAUAGCAUGGGGUAAGCGAGACUAACGCGAGCUCUGGUCAGCCAUCUUUGUGUUGGUUGGAAUUUGUAGUUUCUUUUACAGGCUUGUAGGCCCGAGUAAGCCGGAGCCAAAAUGGGAAAGUACUCAACUGAUCCCGAAAACCCUAUUAAAUCAUGCAAAGCUCGUGGUUCUUACCUUCGUGUACAUUUCAAGAAUACACGUGAAACAGCUCAAGCUAUCAAGAAGAUGCACAUUAGAAAAGCUUAUCGAUACCUUAAGGACGUUAUAGCCAAAAAACAAAUCAUUCCAUUUAGAAGAUUUUGUGGUGGUGUUGGCCGAAAAGCUCAGGCAAAAGCUUUUAAGGCUUCCCAAGGUAGAUGGCCAGUCAAAAGUGCACAAUUUUUACUACAGUUGUUAAAAAAUGCUGAAAGCAACGCUGAUGUUAAGGGGUUGGAUGUCGAUUCUUUAGUCAUUGAUCACAUUCAAGUUAACCGUGCGCCAUACAUGAGACGACGAACAUAUCGUGCCCAUGGUCGUAUCAAUCCAUACAUGUCCAGUCCAUGUCAUAUCGAGAUGAUUGUGUCUGAGAAAGAACAAGUUGUUCCACGAGCUGAAGAAGAGGUGGAAGUAAAGAAAGUUUCCAAAAAGAAACUUGCCCGAGAAAAAUUAAAAGCAAGGGAAUAAAAUGAGUGAAUUAUCCAA